AGGUGUUCUAUUGGGGAAUGGUGUUUGUUUUAUUUGGACAGAAGGUGUUCUAUUGGGGGAGGGUGUUUGUUUUAUUUGGACAGAAGGUGUUCUAUUGGGGGAGUGUCUUUAUUUUAUUUGGACAGAAGGUGUUCUAUUGGGGGAGGGUGUUUGUUUUAUUUGGACAGAAGGUGUUCUAUUGGGGGAGUGUCUUUAUUUUAUUUGGACGGAAGGUGUUCUAUUGGGGGAGGGUGUUUGUUUUAUUUGGACAGAAGGUGUUCUAUUGGGGGAGGGUGUUUGUUUUAUUUGGACAGAAGGUGUUCUAUUGGGGGAGUGUCUUUAUUUUAUUUGGACAGAAGGUGUUCUAUUGGGGGAGGGUGUUUGUUUUAUUUGGGCAGAAGGUGUUCUAUUGGGGGAGUGUCUUUAUUUUAUUUGGACAGAAGGUGUUCUAUUGGGGGAGGGUGUUUCUUUUAUUUGGACAGAAGGUGUUCUAUUGGGGGAGGGUGUUUAUUUUAUUUGGACAGAAGGUGUUCUAUUGGGGGAGGGUGUUUGUUUUAUUUGGACAGAAGGUGUUCUAUUGGGGGAGUGUGUUUAUUUUAUUUGGACAGAAGGUGUUCUAUUGGGGGAGGGUGUUUGUUUUAUUUGGGCAGAAGGUGUUCUAUUGGGGGAGUGUGUUUGUUUUAUUUGGACAGAAGGUGUUCUAUUGGGGGAGUGUCUUUAUUUUAUUUGGACAGAAGGUGUUCUAUUGGGGGAGGGUGUUUAUUUUAUUUGGACAGAAGGUGUUCUAUUGGGGGAGGGUGUUUGUUUUAUUUGGACAGAAGGUGUUCUAUUGGGGGAGGGUGUUUGUUUUAUUUGGGCAGAAGGUGUUCUAUUGGGGGAGUGUCUUUAUUUUAUUUGGACGGAAGGUGUUCUAUUGGGGGAGGGUGUUUGUUUUAUUUGGACGGAAGAAGUUGUUCUAUUGGGGGGAGGAAGGUGUUCUAUAG